AUGGCGGACAGUUCUCAAAGUAGAUCGAGUACCCACGAUCCACUAGAACGUUCUCCCACUGAAAUAAGUUUGGAAGUGACCUUGUCUAUUCUUAUUUGCCUCACCUCCAUUCUUGGCAACUUAUUGGUCGUCUAUGUUGUCAAUAAAGAUUCCAGACUUAAGGGCGUAACGAAUAUAUUCAUCCACAACCUGGCAUUGACUGACAUUUCCAUGGCAUCGCUGCACAUGCCUUUUUGGGUAACAAGCCUGUAUACAGGGACUUGGAUUUUUAGCGAGAAGGGGUGCGAGUUUCAAGCAGCGAUCCAAUUUACUUUGGGUAUUGCCUCUAUCCUGAAUAUGGGGCUUAUCUCCUUCAACCGAUAUUUCCGAGUCGUCAAACCAGCCUUGUAUAGCAAAAUUUUUGCAAGCAAGAGAAUGGCACGAGUCUACUGCGCUCUGGUGUGGGUAGCUUCUUUGCUUCUGGCAACACCGCCUUUGUAUGGGUGGGGCAAGAUGGCCUACCAUCCCUACUUUGCUGUCUGCACUUUCACCUGGGAAAUUCAGUAUAUUUCAUAUGCCAUACUUGUUGUGGGCGGAGUGGUCAACGGAACAACCCUUGCAAUCUUUUACUCCUACUACAAGAUUUACAAGACUCUUAAAGAAAGCACUCGAAAUCUGAAUGCGCAUGGUGUAGAUGGAGCAGUCUCGGCAGGACGCCAUAGAACUGAUAUCAGACUCCUGAAAACUAGUUUCACGGUCGUUUGUGUAUUUGUAAUGACGUGGGGACCAGUAUCUGUUAUUGUGAUUGUAGAGAGUGUAGGGUGUUUUAUCCCCAGGGGAAUUUUUUCGGCUGUUAUUUUUCUUAUGUUCACUAGUAGUUUAGCAAAUCCAAUUGUAUACGGGAUAAUGAAUCCGCAGUUUCAGGCGGCCUUCAAAAGGGCUCUAAGUCUUGGUCGGUAUGGCAACGGCCAAAUUAGUCAGAGUCAUACAAGACAUGAAACCAACGUAUCGAUCUCUUGA